GCUAAAGGUAGACCGACACGUCGCAAUUGUCAUGGCAUUCGAUAUGUUGAUGGCUGGUGUGGAUACGACCUCUUCGGGCGCUACAGGAAUCCUAUAUCUUUUGGCCAAUAAUCCGGAUAAACAAGCCAAACUUCGGGAAGAAAUUCGAAAAGUUCUACCCAAAAAAGAUUCACCGUUGACGCCUGAAAACAUGCGCAAUCUUCCAUAUCUGCGUGCUUGCAUUAAGGAAGGUCUACGUCUGUGUCCACCAGUCGCAGGAAACUUGCGUGCCGCUGGAAAGGAUCUCGUUCUACAAGGCUAUCAAAUUCCGAAGGGGACUGAUGUUGUCAUGGCAUCUAUGAUCCUGAAUCAUGAGGAGAGAUUCGUCGAGAGAGCCAAGGAGUUCCUACCAGAACGUUGGCUCCAGGAGGAGGGCUAUCCUAAUGGUAAGGAUGCUCAUCCGUUCUUGAAUUUGCCGUUUGGGUUUGGAGCACGGACAUGCAUUGGUCGGCGCUUGGCCAUGCUGGAGAUGGAGAUGAUAAUUUCGCGAAUCACCCGUCUGUUUGAGUACAGGUGGAACUACGGUGAACUGAGGAUAACUUCUACGCUGGUUAGUGUACCCGUCAACGAGCUUCGAUUCCAGAUGACCGAGCUGGAAGAUUAGAAAUUGUCCAGAUUUCAUGUUUUGUAAUUAUUAAUUAAUAGUUUAUUUAAAACUAGGCUGGGUUUAAAAAUAAGAUCUCAUACACAAAUGAAAUGAUGUCUUGGUUUUUAUUUAACCUAAAUAACAUGUUUGGGAUGACUCAUUUUUAAAAGGUAAUUUCUUUAUUUUUUUUAAAUAAAAGUUCUAAUUUUA